GCCAAUCAGACCAUGGACGCUAACAUGGACGGGCCAAAGGCUAGCGAAAUUAAGAGAAAAGGCGCAGGGUUGAUCCAGCAAAAAUUCUUGCUGAGCGGCGGGGGGAAACGAGAUAGCAAUCUCCGCAUGGUCCGUUACGCGGAGCUCAUAAACGUGGGAUGACAUCCUUCCUUCCUUUUGUCCCCCCCCCGUCAAUUGAAUCUUUGGGUUAUGCGUCUCCGGGAGCAAUAACAACAGCCUCAAUGUCCGGAGUUUGCCUGCCGAGACAGAUCCGCAGGGUCAUCCCCGGAUGCCUUGCGGCUAUCAUCUUCAUCUCUUACCUCUCUAUGACUGAUACAUUUGGCGAGCUAAGCGAUGGUCUAUCGUACCGGUCUUGUGAAACACACCGGUUUUUCCCUAAGAAGAUCUGGCAAUCAUGGAAAGUUGCUCCAUUCGAGUUCGAGGAACGAGAUCUCGCUGUGGCGCGCAGCUGGACCUCCAAGAACCCCGGCUAUCGCUACGAAGUACUGACAGAUCAAAAUGAUCUCUAUUACGUUGAAACACACUUUGGACCCGACGGGUUUAACCGUCCGGACAUUGUGGACACUUAUCGUUCACUCACGGCGCCAAUCAUUAAAGCCGACCUACUGCGGUAUUUGAUCAUGUACGUGGACGGUGGUGUGUGGGCCGACAUCGACGUCGAGGCCAUCAGACCCAUCGAACGAUUCAUUCCGGAACGCUACAAUGAGCACGAGAUUGACAUGGUAAUCGGCGUGGAAAUCGACGAGCCCGACUUCAGCGACCAUCCUAUCCUCGGGCAAAAGUCACAGUCGUUUUGCCAGUGGACCUUCAUGGCCAAGCCACGUCAACCAGUCAUGAUGCGGUUGGUCAAUAAUAUCCUGGAGUGGCUAAACGGCCUCUCUAUCAAACAAGGGAAACCAAUCGCCGAGCUUGAGCUGGAGUUUGAUGAUAUCAUCAGUGGGACAGGGCCUUCUGCCUUCACGGGCGCGGUCUUAGCCGAGAUGAGCAUCAACGCAGGACACGAGGUGUCAUGGAAGACGUUCCAUAAUAUCCCCGAGUCAAAGCUGGUCGGAGGCUUUCUCGUCCUCACCGUGGAAGCCUUUGCCGCUGGUCAAGGCCAUUCAGACAGUGGGAACCACAACUCGCGCAGCGCAUUGAUCAAGCACCAUUAUCAUGCAUCUGGGUGGCCAUCGAAGCAUCCACGCUUCCACCACCCGGUAUUCGGCGAGGUGGAGCAAUGCAAUUGGAACAAGGAAUGCGUGGCGCAAUGGGAUGCCAAUACUGCCGCUUUUGCGGCGCUUUCCCCAGAGGAACAAGAGCAGCAGAUUGCUAUGAAGAAAGCUUUGGAUGGCGAAGCUAACCCCGUUGACAAUCAAAUAGCUUGGGUUAAUCCCGAACCUGAACCGAAUUGGCAACCGGAAUGGCAGCCUGAAUGGAAAUAAGUCUCUUCAUGAGAUUGACGCUAUGCACUACAGAAAUAUUUUCACGUCGAGUUCGCGUGAGCUAUAUAUGGCUAUACACUAGUGGACCAAGGCCAAGGAAGUCCAUUGUUACUCCACUGCGGUCUUUGUAAUUCGGCUUCUCUUUUGUCAUCCUCCAUAUAAAGCGACGUGUUAGAGCAUUGAUAAGGAUCUGGCACCUUUCGGCGUUAGGGGAUGGUGGUUAACAUUUGCAUGUCGCGUUGGAGUUUUCGGCUUUUUUUUUUCUUUCUCUUUUCUGUUUUCCUAAUGCCCAGUUUCCUUCUGGUUGUCUCCUUCUGAAGAGGUUCAGUACUUAAUUACAACCUCAUCGGGGGAUUCCUAUGAUAGAUGUGUGGCUCUCUGCUUAAUAAUUUAGUCACUUAUGUUUCAUGAAUAGAAAAGCCUCUCAGCUGAGGACAUAACGCUAGGAAGUUAUACAAUGGCUUUACAAAUGCAAUCGAAGAUAAGUUAUAUUACUCGUAUCAGAA